UGGGCAAAACCUACAUGCUAUAAUGAGCGAAACUUAUAUGCAACAACCAGGCAAAACUUACAUACUACAAAUAAAUGAAACUUACAUGCAUAUGCAACAACCAGAUGAAAUUUAUAUGCAACAACUAGACAAAGCUUAUAUGCAACAACUAGAUGAAAUUUACAUGCAACAACCAAAUGAUACUUACAUGCAACAACUAGGCAAAGCUUAUGUUCAACAAGUAUGUGAUAAAGCUUAUAUGCAACAACCUUUUAAUUUAUCUAAUUUAUCUUCAAAUAAAUAUAACUUAAAUGAAAUUGAACAAUUAUCUAAUAAUUUAGAUAAUAUUAACUUAGAAGAUAGCAAUCUAUCUAAUAAUUUGGAGUUAAUAGUUGAUUGCACUUAUCAAAACUGA